CCCUUUGUACUUUGACUCUCUUUUUUUCUCUUCUUCUACGCAGAAAAUAUUGGCUCAAACUCCAUGCCAAUGCGAAUAGUGUUGAAGUUUAAGCCCCUACUUUUAUCUCCCUUCUUUAAAUCCAACCCUCCACCUCCCUUCCGCAUCGCCGACGUGCUUUUACUCCAAGACCAUGAAGAAGAUCGCCUCCUCCACGCAGACGGUUGCACAGGAUCAUCCAACUGCUCCAAACCCCGUCGUAUCGCUGAUCGCUUGUUCUUUUGCUUUACCCGCGGGAAGCUUACGAAUAAGUUUCAUGGUGACCAAAAAAAAGGAGACGAUGAUGUUGCGCCGCCUGAUCAUGUAGCCGACGGUCCUGAUUUAUCACCGGAAGAAAUAUGUGGGUGUGAAUCAAAAUUUAAUGUGGGAAUAGGGUGCUGUUUGCUCCAUCUGAUUGCUGAGAGUAAGAAUGAACUCCAAAAGAUGACGGAAUUGAGGAUUCAAAUGGAGAGUGUUCUUCAAACAGUUAAAGAGCGGCUUCUAAAUAAAGACUUACUGGUUCAUAAGAAUAUUGAAUCGAAUGAAGGGGAUGGGGUCGAGGAAAGUUUGGGAUUUAACAGCAAUCUUAUAUCAAACAGAGUACUGUUUGACCAGUCUCUGAAAAGUGAAGAUGCGCCUAAAGAAGAUUGCUUAGAAGGAAUGGACAGACUCGAAGCAGAGCUUGAAGUUGAAUUAGAACGUUUACAACUCCUUUUGGAUUCAGGCAAAUUCCCCACAAACCCACCCCAGGAAACCAUCGAGGAGUGUAAAAGCUGCAGUCUAAGCCAUGGGGAAGUAAUUGAUGAUGCUGAGGAAGAAGGCUGUCCGGAUUCGCAUUGUGGGGUUCCUCCGUAUGAACUGGAGAUGAAGUUGCAUGAAUUGCUGGAAACAAGACAGGAACAACAGAUAAAAGAUCUAGAAGAUGCUUUGGAAAGUGCAAAGAAAGAGCUCCGCGAAAAGGAAAGAGAGAUUUCUUGGUGGAAAGACACUGCACACCUUAUGUUAGACCAUGCGAAACAAUCUUCACCACUUAAUUUCCAGUACGUUCGACAUGUUCAACGCCUGAGAUGAGAAA